UGACCGGUCCGCUCAUGAUCCCGGGCAUCGUCCUCUGGGUUGGCGUCCUGCGCCUGGAGCCGUACGCGCCGGGGACGGGGUACCGUCAGUUAUGCUCUAUCUCCGGCGCUCUGUCGUCAUGCUCCUUCGUUUUAGCCGGAUUGACGGCUUUCCUGCGCCUCUGCAGAGGUGACCGGUCCGCUCCUGUUCCCUGGGAUCGUCAUUUUGGUCGGUGUCCUGCGGCUGAAGUUGCACUUCGGGGAGGUGGUUCAGUCACGCGUGCUCCCACUCCGGCUUCCUGGUCACCAGGCUGCUCGUUAUGGCGCACACCUGUCACCAUCGUUACGUGCACCAGCGCAUCGUCAGAUACUUGGACUCAUCACUUCCUUGAUUACCUGCCCCUUUGGUUCUUUCCCCAUGCAUCUUUGUUUCUGUUUCAUGUUCUUGGUUUUUAUUAAAUCACCCACUCACUCCCUGAACGUGCUUCCCGACUCUCACCGCACAUCGUUACGAGUAAAUCCGCCUGCUAGCCACUGCUUGUCCACUAAGUCAUGUCAGCCCCAGGUUACCCAUCCCCUCACCAGGGUCCUGGAAGUUACUCCACGGCACCCUACCCUGUUCCUCAUGGUGGGUAUGGUGACCCUAACCAUGCUCCCCCACUGGUUGACUUCCAUAUGGGCUACAACCACAAACAACUCCACCCAGGCCAGCCUGUGAUGCAUCAGCCUGUGCCCAUGCCUGAAUAUGGGGUACCUCAAAUGGGCCCAGGGUAUGGUGGUCCCAUGCCUGGGCCUGAAUUCGGUGCACCUCACUCGGGCCCUCCUGCAGCCAUCUCCCCAGCCCCUGCAGCAGUUGUGCCUGUUGGAGUUCCACCUGGUCUGGAGUACCUAACACAGAUUGACCAGCUCCUUAUACACCAAAAAGUGGAGUUGCUGGAAGUGUUUAUUGGCUUUGAGACCAACAACCAGUACGAGAUCAAGAACAGCCUGGGUCAGAAGAUCUACAAGGCCAAGGAGAAGAACGACUGCUGCACACGCAACUGCUGCGGUGCCCUGCGUAGCUUUGACAUGAAGAUCAAGGACAACACGGACCGCGAGGUCAUCCGCCUCAUACGACCCUUCCGCUGUGCCUCCUGCUGUUGCCCCUGCUGCCUGCAAGAGCUCGAGGUCCAAGCCCCGCCUGGCACCACCAUAGGCUAUGUGUCCCAGGACUGGAACCCCUGUGUGCCCAAGUUCUCCAUCAAGGGGGCCAACAAGGAGACCGUAAUGAAGCUGGAGGGACCCUGCUUCGCCUGCAACUGCUGCGGGGAUGUGAAUUUUGAGCUGACGGGGGAAGAUGGAGGCAAGCCCAUCGGCCGCAUCAGUAAGCAGUGGGGUGGCCUGAUAAAGGAGGUCUUCACCUACACGGACAACUUUGGCAUCCAGUUCCCCAUGGACCUGGACGUCAAGAUGAAGGCUGUGCUCAUGGGUGCCUGCUUCCUCAUCGAUUUCAUGUUCUUCGAGAAGGACUGAGCACUUGAGUCAAACUCUUUCUGUUCCCAUUUUCAAUCCCCCCUCUUUUUUCCGAUUCUGUUUGAUACUCAUUCCUUAUUUGAAACCUUAGAGGAAGCUGCCAAUCCUGGAACUCUUUCUUUGUAACACGUGAGGUCUUAUCUGAGUUUACAUAGCCUCUGGACUGUUUCUGUCUAUCCACCCGAAUGUAAGAAUCAGCAACUGGGCUAUGAGACAUAGGCCUUAAUUGUCUUUCAUGGGUUUCUCCACUCUCUCCACUGAGUUAUCUGUUUUUUGCAUUUGUUCUAUCAAAUUGAUUUCUAUGUAUAUCUAUGUACAUUUUGGGGUUCAGAACAGUAUGGAAACUUUACAUGUUCUUCAAUACUUUUUCAGUAUUUUCUUUUUAGUCACUGCCAUGGCAAGUAUUUUAUCAUACCAAACUGCUUCAGUUGCAGUAUUACAUUCUAGAUUAUUUUAGUGUUGAAAAUGAUGAUUACUUACUGUUGUCACCUGUCAAAUCCACUUCAAUCAGUGUAGAUGAAGGGGAGGAGACGGGUUAAAGUAGGAUUUUUAAACUUUGAGACUGUGUUUGUGCCAUUCAGAGGGUGAAUGGGCGAGACAAAAGAUUUGUGCCUUUGAGUGGGGUAUGGUAGCAGGUGCCAGGCAAACCGGUUUGUGUCAAGAACUGCACCGCUGCUGACUUCUUCACGCUCAACAGUUUCCCUUGUGUAUCAAGAAUGCUCCGCCACCCAUAAGCCACCUUGACACA